UCUCUGGAUCCCUGUGAGGUACAGGGCAGGUUCUAGCUUUGUUAGAAAGAGACUCAUGUACUACAUGAUGUCAGAUUUUCAUUUUUUACAUUAGUCAUAGGAUAACCCCUUUAAGGUCAAAACUGACUGUGUACUUAAAGGGUUAAAGCAACUCAGUGUGCCCUUCCAGGACUUUCAUGGUAUAUAUCUGUUGUUAUUAUCCUCCCUCAACUCUCAGUUUCUACUUCCCUGCAUUAACUAGCUGACAGAACUUGUUUGGAUUCGUGUAAAAAAUAACAAAGGAAAAGGAGAAAAUUACAGGAAGAUUUCAAGCAUUGAAGAACGAAACACAACUUUUUUUUACAAAUUCCGGCAUGUAACAAGAUAAAAUCAUGGUCAAAACAGUUGCUAUCAUUGGAGCUGGAAUUAGCGGUUUGGGAGCUAUCAAGGCAUGUGUGGAGGAAGGUCUUGAACCUACUUGCUUUGAACAAAGUAAUGAUAUUGGAGGCCUCUGGAGGUUUACUGAUGAAGUGGAAGAUGGAAGAGCUAGUAUCUACAAGUCGUUGGUAACCAAUGUUUCUAAAGAAAUAAUGUGUCUUAGCGACUUUCCGAUGCCGGAUGAUUUUCCAAACUUCUUGCCACAUCACAAAUACUUUGAAUACAUUAAGCUCUAUGCAGAACAUUUUAAACUGUUGAAAUACAUCAAAUUUAAGACAACCGUUUGCAGAGUAGAGAAGCAUUCUGACUUCCUCGUCACUGGGCAGUGGUUAGUUACCACAGAAAACAAUGGAGAAAAAAAGACAGACAUAUUUGAUGCCGUUAUGGUUUGUUCUGGUCAGCAUGUACAGCCUGUGAGGUCCUUCAACAACCUUCCCGAAAUCGAGACUCAUCAGACCAGGCAACAUUUCUCCAGUCUUCAACAGUCCAAUUUUGGUAUUGAAAAGUUUAAAGGCCAAGUACUACAUUGCCGAGAAUACAAGAAACCCAUUGGGUUUGAUGGAAAACAAGUAUUAAUAAUUGGAAUGGGCAACACUGGAGUUGAUAUCGCUACUGAAUUAUGCACAAGAGCCGCACAGGUAUAUCUCAGUUCUAGACAAGGGGUAUGGGUUAUUAAACGGCUUGGAAAAGGAGGACUUCCUUUUGAUUUGGGAUUUAUACGUCGUUACUACAACUGGAUGAACAAUAUAAUGCCAACAGCCAUGUCUCGAUGGAUGACAAGGAGGUUCAUGAAUAACCAAUUUAACCAUGACUUGUACAACAUACAACCUGAGGGAUCUGUAUGGAAAGAGCCUUUAGUGAAUGAGGAACUUCCAAGCCGUAUUUUGUCAGGAUCAAUUAUGAUCAAGCCACAUGUCAAAAGGUUCACUGAGACAGCAGUCCAUUUUGCAGAUGGUUCUGUUGUGGACAAUCUUGAUGUUGUUUUGCUUUCCACGGGCUAUGACUACAGUUUCCCUUUUCUGGAUGAAUCUAUUGUUAAAAAAGAUGACAGCAAAGGAUCUUUUUACAAAAAAAUAAUCCCGCUGGGAAUUGAAAAGCCUACAAUAGCAUUCAUUGCAUUCAUCCUUCCAGUUGGGCCAACUAUGGUUGUCGCUGAACUUCAAUCUCGAUGGGCCAUUAAACUUUUCAAGGGAUUACACAAACUUCCAGACUCUGAAGGGAUAGAAACACAAAUGCUAAAGGAUGAACAGCUCAGAAAGAAAUGGUUUGCAACAGCUGAAAAUAAUUUCCGUCGUACAGAUUACAUCACAUACAUGGAUGACAUAGCCUCCGAUAUAGGAGUGAAAUUAAACAUAUGGAAGUUGUUCCUAACAGAUCCAGUUUUGGCAUGGAAGGUUGUUUUUGGACCCUGCAAUUCUUAUCAAUUCCGUCUGACUGGUCCAGGAAAAUGGGACGGAGCCCGAGAAGCAAUUUUUACCCAAUGGCACCGAAUUGAAAGGCCCCUAAAUACAAGAGUAGUAAAGCAAAAUCCAAAAUCUGAUUUAGUACCGUGGGGUUUGUUACCUUGGAUCGUUUUCCUUGGAGUGUUGUUUUUAGCUGUUGUCCUAAAAGGCUAAUAUGAAAACUUAAGGGGGUUAUCUGAUCCUGUAAACACCCCCGAAAUGUCCGGGUCCCCCAUGCAGAACAUACUUACAUGGUUCCGAUACCUGCGUCUCUCCGUAUGCCUGCACGGCCACCACUGCAUCUCCCCAUCAUGCAGAUCACAACAUCGGAGGAAGGGGGGGGGGCAGUGUUUCAGAGAAUAGCAGACUGCGACGCUGACCUGUCCCCUUGCAUCACGUGUGAUGUCACCCGUGACUCCAGGGGAGCAAGUCAACGUUGCAGCCUGCUAUUGGCUGCACACACCCCCACCCUCACCCGUUGCCCGAUGUUGUAAUCUCGGGGAUGGGGAGAUGCAGUGGCGGCUGUGCAGGGAUCGGAGGGACGGAGACGUUGAAGAUCAGGUAAGUAUGUUCUGUAUGAGGGCCCCGGGUAUUUUGGAGGAUGUUUAUAGGAUCGGAUAACCCCUUUAAACAUUGACCAACAUUUACUAAUACAAUCUAAGUAUAAUGCCACAUGUUCAGGUUUCUGACUGCAGUGUUAGAAGCCAAAAUCAGAAGUGGGCCAUAAAAGGAGAGACUGUAUAAAGGACACUCCUGGUUUUGGCGUCCAAAAUUGCAUCAAGAUACUUGAAUAUGUGUUUACCCUAAAAGUACCCUUUUUGGCACAAAUUGCACCAGAAAUCAUGUUUUACCUCACUAAAUACAUUACCAUUCCCCCACCUUAACAUCUAGAUAACAGUGUGUAAACAAUCCUGCAUACAUCCUGCCAUCAUAUACAUUAUACUUCAAAUUGUUUUCUGUUUCAAAGAUUCCAAAUGUAUUAAUAGACAUUUAUAUAUCGUCAGGUCCUUUUCCAUGGGCCGAUGUUUAGGCAAUUAUCUGGAAGAAACCAAACACUUUCAAUAAUUGCAUGAUCAUAGCGAGAUAAUGAAAUUUAGUUGGGGAUGAAUGAUCAUUAUUGUAAUCCCACUUCUCAUGGCGAUCCAUUGGAUGCUAGCAGCACAACCCUGUUUAUAUAGGGCAAUGUGCUGCCAACAAACAAUGAUUUUAUGUGACACAUGAAAGAUGAUUGGUGGCACAUUUAAAUGGAGCAAUUAUUGGGAACAAGCCAAUCAACACUCAUCCCUGAUAAUUGUCCUGUUCCUUGAUCCACAUGAAAGGGCACAUAGGCUGUAUUCACACUUAUGUUGGUUCUACCAAAUUUCUAAUACAUUUUGACAGACAAAAUGCCAAUGUUAUACCUUAGGAGGUAGUAAUUGACUCUUGCUCAUAUAUCCAGGAUACUCCUCAAAGAGCAGAGACAUAUAGGGACAUAGGGACACAUUUAUUAAGACUGGCGUUUUAGACGCCAGUCUUAAUAAGCACUAUACCGGGCAGUGGAUCAACUGGAGUUAUGAAGAGGCGCCAGCCACUUCAUAGCUUUGGCGUAUCCAGCACCGAUUCUAAAUAUAAGACACCUUCUUAGCUGUCUUGCAUUUAGACCUUUUUUCUACGCCUGAACCAGCCAUCCCCUUCCCUGCCCACACCACACCCACUCUUUUAGACCUGGCGUGACCAGGGAGGAGUCGUAAAUUGCGACACAACUAACUGUUGCUCCGCAAUCUGCGCCUGAAAUACGCCUAAUUUUGGUGUAUUUCAUCUUGAUAAAUGACCGCCAUAGAUCAUAUAUAGGAGUUUUGCCCUAGAGUGCAUAGUCUUUGGGUGCAUGUACAGGUCCUUCUAAAAAAAUUAGCAUAUU